CGUAAAAUAUUGAUAAGGGUCUGCGUGGUAUAUAAACUCCCCGGAGGAUCAUCUUCUCAGUUCGCUUCGCGUCUUCGGUUCUACAGCAAUAUGAAUAGUCAGUUGAUCGUCCUGGUGCUGUCGUGCAUCGGCAGCGACGUCCUGGCUGGUCUCCUGCCGGGUGGUGGUGCAGGCGCCGGGGGAUAUCAAUACAGUCGACCGGGUGGUGGCGGAUUCGGUGGCGGUGGCGGCGGCGGAGGAUACGCAGGUGAUGCUGGUUUCGGUGGCGGUGACUUCGGCGUCAGCAGAGCAAGACCCAGCCAGGCUUACGGCCCACCCGGAAGCGGCGGCGACGCUUUUGGUAGACCGAGUGCUUUCGGUGGACAGCCUUCAUCAUCCUACAGACAACCGCAGUUCGGCGACAGCGGCAGCGGUGGAUACCAGGAUCAUGGUGCUGGAGGAUACCAAGGAGGAUAUGGAUAUGGUGGACGCGACAGUGAAAGGCCGCAGCCGUAUAGCUUCCAAUACGAAGUCGUCGAUCCGCCGAGCGGCAAUGAUUAUUCUCAACGCGAGAGUAGCGAUGGUAACGUAGUUCAAGGAGAAUACAGAGUUUUAUUGCCGGAUUCGAGGACGCAGAUCGUUCGAUAUACAGCUGACAAUGUAAACGGAUAUAACGCGGAGGUUCAAUACGAAGGACAGGCUCGCGCUGGAGGAUAUCCAGGAGGCGGCUAUGGCGGCGGUUAUCAAGGAGCAGGCAGAAGCGGCGGCUUCGGCGGACCCGGAGGCGGCUUUGGCGGAACCGGAGGUGGUUUCGGCGGAGCUGGUCUCAUCGGCGGCGACAGUGGCAGCAAUCAAUAUUUACCGCCGCGCAGUUCUUAUCGCAAAUAAACGUCCACAACACGGGCUACCUUACCAAAAUACGAUAUGUAUGACGCGCGCAUUUACGGAGUCAACCGUCACGGACCUCCCCUCGGCUUUCUAUUCUGAGUAUAAUGAUAAUCCGAACCCCCAAUACUACAAACACACACAUACACUCACAUAUAUAUAUAUCUCCUUCUCCCAGUCACCUGCACCUCCACAGAUCACUUUCACCCGUAUUUAACGAUUACACGACGACUAAUUAGGAUAACUUCAUACGCAUGCAUGAGUGUGUAUGUAUUUAUAUAUAAAUAUUAUACGAUAUAUAUACGUAUUUUUUUUUUUGUAUACAUGAUAUUUGUGUACUGUAAAACAUACGCUUCUAUACUUUCCGUUAAGCAAUUAUCAAACUCUUAUAUUUAUGUACUUAUUUAUAUACGAGCUUUGUAGUGAAACAUGAAUGAAGUAUUGUACGCGGCGCGAACGCCUGGUGGCGGAGUGGGAUGGAAGAGCCGAUGAUCAAGUCAAUUACGCUAUAUAAAUUUAUUGUAUUUAACAAUUACUAAAAUAAAUUACAAACUAAGCACGAA